AUGCCAGCAAACACUAUUGAGUUCCUUCAUACUAUUGGAAAGUUAAAAGAGACGGACCGCACUGGAUGGGUGGAAAAAGGUAUUCACAAACCAGAAUCCGUUUCAGAUCACAUGUACCGUGCAGCAGUUAUGUGUAUGAUGUGUCCCGAUCCAAAUCUUAACAGAGAUAAACUUAUUCGCAUGGCUCUCUGUCAUGAUAUGGGUGAAAGUAUUGUUGGUGAUAUAUCACCCGCUAUGGGUGUACCGAAAGAGGAAAAAUACCGUUCUGAAAAAGCGGCCGUGUCGACUCUUAGUGGGUUACUUGAUAAGCGUAUUCCCCUUUCAGGUGAACUACAAGAGCUUUGGGAAGAGUAUGAGAUGCAAAGUUCACCUGAAGCGAAGUUUUUAAAAGAUAUUGAUCUUUUGGAGAUGGUAACACAAGCACACGCAUAUGAGAAGGCCCACCCUGAAAAAGAUUUAAGCUCUUUUUUUCUUUCAGGAGAAAAAAUUCAACAUCCAUGGGCUAAGGAGGUAUUUGAAACACUUAGAAACACUCGAUCCACAAGUAUUUCCAAAAGAAAAGACGAGUAA